AUUAUAAGGGAGGAAACAAUAGGAUUGCAUCAUGUGUGGUAUUGUGGCGUUGCUGCUGGCAGACGAAAAUGCUUGGGUGAGUUAUUUCUUCUCAGCUCCAUGCGMGGUGUCGAUAUAGUUGCUGCAUACCGGUGCCGUUUGCUGACAAUCAAUGUGUAACAAAAUGGCUUACCUAAUGMCUUGUGAAAUGUACACCGAUAUCUUUCUACUUUUGAAAUAACAGGUGAACCAACUGAUCUUCGACGGCUUGACCGUUCUCCAACAUCGCGGCCAAGAUGCUGCCGGAAUGGUAACUGCCGAUUGCAAGCGUCUUCACCUUCGCAAGGACAACGGAUUGGUHCGGGACGUCUUCCAACAAGAACACAUGACGCAACUGAGAGGCAACAUCGGUCUUGGUCAUGUCCGCUAYCCUACGGCGGGAUCGAGUUCUUGCGCGGAAGCUCAGCCCCUCUACACUAAUUACCCUCAUGGUAUCUCCGUUGCCCACAAUGGUAAUCUUACGAAUACGGACGAGCUAUACAAAGAAAUGCUCAAGAAACAACGCCAUGUCAACACCGAUUCRGAUUCGGAGAUUCUUUUGAAUUGUUUUGCUGAGUCCCUCAACAAAUAUCAAAGAAUUAGUGCCGACCAGGAUGACAAAGAGAACGCUAUUGUUGAGGAUAUCUUUAAUACUUGUACCGAUGUCAUGAAAGAGUGCAAGGGUGGAUACGCUACGACUUACAUGAUCAAUGGUGUUGGAUUGGUCGGCUUCCGCGAUCCCCAUGGGAUUCGACCUCUUGUUGUUGGUUGCCGAUCGAAAGACCCCGAAGACAAAGGCAAAASUUGGACCUCGGAGUCUMUGGAACAAAACUCAGGUACCAAGAAAAUCGAUUUUUGUAUGGCGAGCGAAUCGGUAGCAAUCGAUGCACUAGGAUUUGAGCUUGUUCGGUAGGUUUCAAUGCGCUUGCUCGUUUUUUGCUGAGUAGAAACGAUACGUUCUAUUUCCCYYUUUUUGGUUGCUGUUUCUGACACUYGGACUUUCUCUUUUCUGACUACAGUGAUAUUGCUGCAGGAGAAGCAUUUUUUGUUGACAUGAAUACAGGAAAAUGUCACUUUCGCCAGUGCCUUAGUGACGAGUCGGUGGCACCUUGCAUUUUUGAAUAUGUUUACUUCGCAAGACCAGAUUCCAUUAUGGAUGGAGUUUCAGUGUAUGAAUCACGACUCAAGAUGGGAGAAAAACUGGCUAACAAAAUCAAAAAAAUUCACCCAGACCACGGUAUCGACGUAGUUAUCCCGAUCCCCGAAACUGCUCGAACCUCUGCACUUCAGACCGCACACUUUUUGGACGUUCCAUUCCGCGAAGGGUUUGUUAAAAAUCGGUAUAUCGCUCGUACCUUUAUCAUGCCAGGACAAGCGAAAAGGAAAAAGUCCGUUCGGCUCAAACUUAAUACAAUCAAAGCCGAAUUUUCCGGGAGGAAUGUUUUACUAGUUGAUGAUUCGAUUGUUCGUGGUACCACAGCCAAUGAAAUUGUGCAAAUGGCGCGAGAAGCCGGUGCGAAAAAGGUUUUCUUCUGCAGUGCGGCGCCACCCAUUCGGUAUCCCAACAUUUACGGAAUCGAUAUACCAACGCGUACGGAACUUAUUGCACACGAACGAGAGGAAGAAGAGAUUGCCGCCAAGAUUGGAUGCGACUGGGUUAUGUAUCAGGAUUUAGAUGAUCUAGAAGCAUCUGUAACUGAGUUGGCUAGACCCGAUCAGCCGUUGACAAAGUUCGAUACAAGCUGUUUUAACGGAGUCUAUGUAACAGGACAACAGAUCGGUGAUGAAUACUUUCAACGAUUGUACAGUUUACGAAACGAUGAUGCUAAACAAAACCGAGAUGCGAGUGACAGGGGGAAAAUACAAAGUAACGAUGGAUGUGAGUCUGUCCAAAAUGACACUCGAAAGGAAUACAUGACAAGAACUAGUUCCUGUGAAGCCAUGCARAAUUCUUAGUGUAUAUGAAAUACCAGACUUUGGGCUGAAAGAACAGCACAUUUUGAUUACAAGUAAAGAACGAUGCCAUGCAACGGAAAUAGACAAAGAGAUCGUAUAAGUAUAAAACUUGAUUAUGCAU